GGCAGCUGACUCCUUGUUCUGUAAGAAAGUCUGAAUUGAGUUGGAUGAGAAGACUUGCAGUUUGAGUGAUUUGACUUGUUGAAGAAAACUCGAGUUGCUGGGAUUGAACUUCUAAAAGGACUAAAGGACUUUUGUCCGUACCUUCCUCGUCCAGACCCAGGCUGACGUGUUCUCGGCACCGGCAUUACAUUUCUCCUGUUGUCCAGCGGAAAAUCAAUGCUCCGAUUGCGGCCGCAGUCAGAAUGGCAAGAAUGGCAAGAAUGACAAGAAUGGGCAAUCACGUGAAAGGCACGUGAAACAAGGGGCGACCUUCCCUCCUUCCCUCCUUCCUCGGCGCAUCUGCACUCGACGACAUCAUUGAAACUGCGCCUUCAAGGACGUCGACCAAUUUCGCUACAACGACGACUUUGAAGCGUCGAUUAUGCCUCACUUGAGAACCCAACUAGUUCUGCCGAGUCUUUGACACUGACAGACCUCUUCUGCGUGACCAACUGCAGUUUGGUGGCCGAGGGGCUCGGCAGCCCAUCACACCCCGUGCACGGUGGAGCACCCCCUGUGCCCCUCCAACAUUCCACGUUUCACAUCUCCCUUGAGACUCGAGGCAAGAUUUCGAUUUCAUAUGCUUAAACACGAAUAUCGCUAUCGAUCUGCCAUGGAGCCCCCCCCCCGCGACGUCUCAGACUCAAUUCCAUCUCUCUCCAGAUGGACCGAUAGGCCCGAUCUACCUUCUUGAAACCACCCCUGUGUCGACCAGUCACCACCCAAGGCCCGAACUAGACGCUAUCCCAUGGCAACUUGACCUGGUGGCUUCCCUCAGCAUUUCCCUCAUCGAAAACCAGCAGAGCUCAAGGUAGGUACGGAUGUAGGUCACCCCGUGCGUCCCCUCCUAUCCACUUUCAUCAACUUGUUGGUACCACUUCUCCAUUCUAUUCUAUCUUCCUUCUUACUCUAGGUACGCUGGUCGACGUUUCCCCAGAUUGCUCCUCCUAUGCUUCGCUUUUCUUGUGUUGAGGCUGGCCCUCUGUUUCCUUCAAGCACGACGAUACGAUCAUUGAGUUAGAAACGACAUUCCACCCGUUGGCGGCAUCCUCAGCCCAGGUAUAGGCUUUGCCAAAGACACCCAAUGGCGAUAAACGACCCCCUGGAUCGAAGCCUUCGCUCAAGACGGUUUGCUGGGUCAGAGACAUCCCUAUCCCCAGAGUCGUAUCGAUUCAGAAAAUACAAAAUAAAACCCAGACAAGCACCACAACCAGAUACUUCUGAUAGUGAUGAUGACACUUCGGAUGACACUUCGGAUGACACUUCAGACGACAGUGACUCCGAUUCAGACGACGACGAUGUUCCAAAUCCAUUUGCCUCCACACCUCCUCCUCGUCCUGAUCCACAAGAGUCAAUAGCAGCCUCACAACCCUCUUCUACUUCGAUGCUCUCAGACCCCCAAAAUCCUACAAUCGCAAGUUUCGGCGCUGCCGACAGCUUCACCUCACCUGCAUCUGCCACAGGAAUUGCCAGUGCCCCGGAUACCUCAGAUGUCGUGGCCUCUUCAAGACAGAAUCACAAUACAGCCAUAGCUCUUGGGUCAGUGCUUGCUGUCGUCUCAACUGCUAUCGUGGCAUUUGUACUGUACCGGUAUUGCGUCCCCUUGAGAAGAGGUAUCGACCGUGUAAGAAGAAGACGACAACGUGGAGAAGAAAACAAUCUUGAGACAAUCGAGAAAGGCUCAGGCUCACUAGGACAAGAUGAUGCUCUCGAACAGUACAAGAAUUCUCCUUCCGGCGAUCUUGUCAGAAAGAUGAUGGGCAGAUUCCACAACACGUCCAAUAGAUCUACUUCCCCAGAUUUCACCAUGGUAUCAGCUACCAAGCCGGAGAAAGAGACGACAUCCAAAUCCCUCCCCCUUAUUUCGUCUGCUUUACCUCCAGUUCCCGCUAGGCAUCAAUCUGUCAAAACCACGCGCUCUGAGGAGGACCCCAACAAUCCAUUCUCGGAUAGAGCAGAGUCCUUGUUGAAAAUCAAUGCCAAGGAAAUCACCCCAUGGGAUGAUAAGGACGGAAAGUACUUGGGCCAAUCCACUGCCUUGCGGAAAUCGGAGCGCUAUACGUCAGACUUUAGAACCUCCGACGAACGCUUGAUGGAAUCGGCGCGAACUUCUUUGGCUACCUCCGUUCACAGAGUCAGCGCUCUUCCGGUAGUACCUUGGCCAAAAGGAUUUGGCUCGGGACUUGGCCUUGACGAAAGUCUGACAGGACCUAAUUCUGAGUCUCCACGUACUGCUGUUUUCAACCUCCCGUAUAUGCCACCUACUGCACCUCUACCUCAAACCACCUUUAAGCCAGCAGAAAUCCCAGACCCUCCCCGCUCCGAGGUUCAAUAUCUCCCUUCCCCGGCCCUAGACUCUCCACAGACCCCAGAUACUGCACACUUCACAAUUCCAUACGAACCGCCAUCAGCACCUGCUACUCCCCGGAGCCAGUACUAUAUCCCACGAAUCAGAAAAUCCAUCACUCCAUCAGAAAGCAUCUCGAAUGCACCGUAUUCACCCCUACCGUUCCCGGCUGAGUUGCGACCUCCUUUGCCAGCCAACUCUCGAUGGAGUCGUAAUUCAUCAAGCGCAUAUACUCGACAGACAAGAGACCGUGGCAGGGAAACAUCGCCAGCAAAGAGCACUUCGAGCGGCAGGCCAUCACUACCACCACUUCCGCUUGCUAUUCGAGCAUCGACCUCGUCCUUUGAUUCGACCUCACCACGUGGAAGUCAACGGAUUUCUGGAUCGACAGUCGUUGUAUCUCCCAGUGCCGAGUCAAUUGCCGCAUUGGAACCCAAGCCCUUGGCUCCAAGACCACAAGUCAAGACCAGCUCUAUGAUCAUCGGCCUACCCACCAGUGUAAGACCACCAAGCCACGCAAAUGGCAAAGUUCCAUCGCCUAUUGUUAGUCGGCGAAUUUGAUAGAAUUCCCUCCCCGUUAUCGGGUUUGCGCUAGGACAAGAAGACAACCACGUCCGAAGAGUGUGUACGUCUUGGAGAAUUCACAGCCGAGGAAGACGUCUCUUUAUUCUAUUGUUUUUAUGUUUUAUACUCAAACUCGAAGUUCAGAAGCCUGCUUCGCAAAAUCAGCUACCAAUUGCCUGUCCGCAUGAUAAAUGGGCCGUCUCGGGCCUAGGUCAGAGCAACUGCAUGCUUCAUAGUAUUAGCCAUAUGUACAAAUGUGUAUUCCUUUUGCCCCUUA